UUUGGAGUGUGUGUCUGUGGAGACAUCGCUGCAGUUUGGAAUGGAGCUGGUAUCUGUGCUGUGUUUGUCUCUGCUGGGCUUCCAGCUGGGCUCUGGAGCUCCAGCCCCGGCUCCGGCCCCGGCUCCAGCCUCGGACUCGGUGUUUCUCUCAGGUCAGGCAGCCGACAGCGUUCUGCGGCGGCACAAGCGCUACAACACGGGCAUGUUUGAGGAAUGGCUGGAAGGAAACCUGGAGAGAGAGUGUAUCGAGGAAAAGUGUGUCUUGGAGGAGGCCAGGGAGUUCUUUGAGAAUGAUCAGAAGACGAUGGAAUUCUGGUCAAGAUAUGUAGAUGGAAAUCAGUGUAACUCAAGUCCAUGUCUCAACCAGGGCUCGUGCAUAGACCUUCGGGACUCCUUCACAUGCAUGUGUGAGAACGGCUUCACCGGCAGGAGAUGUGAGAUCGCUCUUUUGAAAAGAUGUGACGUGAACAACGGAGACUGUCAGCAUUUCUGUGAGGCGAUGGGAACCUUUGGAGCUAAAUGUUCCUGCGCCACAGGAUACAGGCUGAUGGAGGACGGAGUCAAAUGUGAACCACAAGUUGAAUUCCCGUGUGGCAGAACGGCCCAUAAGCCAGUGAGCUCAGUAUCCAAGAGGUCUCUGCCCGGCCGUGAGAACACAAGCCUGGAGAAAAGCCCGUCCCUGACCCACAACGUUACCACCACGUCCCCUCCCUCCUCUCCAGCCAGCACCACAGAGUCUCCUCCAGCCAGCACCACAGAGUCUCUUCCAGCCAGCACCACAGAGUCUCCUCCAGCCAGCACCACAGAGUCUCUUCCAGCUACAAAUGAUUCUGCAGAAUAUCCAGGCAGAAAGAGGCUUCCUCUGUGGGUGUACCUGGAGGCCGAGGGCUCCACUGAGGAGCAGCCUCGUCCUGUGAAACGCAUCGUAGGUGGCAAGAUGGUCACUCCCGGAGAGAUCCCGUGGCAGGUGGCCUUGGUGUUUCAUUCCAGUGGGGAGCUAUUCUGUGGAGGCUCCAUCCUCAGUGAGAGUUGGGUUGUGACUGCUGCUCACUGCCUGGCGGAGGUGCACAGCCCCUUCUUUGUCAGAGUUGGAGAGUACAACAUCUACAUCAAUGACACCACGGAGCAGGACUAUGAAGUGCUGAGUCAGCACACACACCCGCGUUACAACGCCAGCGUGAGCCUGUACAACCACGACAUCGCCCUCCUGUACCUCAGCUCCCCCAUCUCCUUCUCCAAGACGGUGAGGCCCAUCUGCAUCGGGCCCACGGCGUUCACAGAGGCCCUCGUGAAGGACUCCUCCCCGGCCACAGUCAGCGGCUGGGGCCGGACGCGCUUCCUCGGGGUCUCGGCCGACACCCUGCAGAAGGUGGAGGUUCCCUUCGUGGACCGGACAGAGUGUAAGCGCAGCAGCAGCACCAGGAUCACUCCUGUCAUGUUCUGUGCAGGAUACGACGAGGACGCCAGAGACGCCUGUCAGGGCGACAGCGGAGGCCCUCAUGCAAACAAACGGGAUGACACAUGGUUCCUGACAGGCAUCGUGAGCUGGGGGGAGGAAUGUGCCAAGGAAGGGAAAUACGGAGUGUACACCCGGGUGUCACUUUACUACCGCUGGAUGAACCACGUCAUGGGGUUAGCUAAACACAGGAUGGCGUUUGAUGUGGAAGAUCUUGACCUUUAAAAAUACUGGUUUACAAAAGUGUGUAUAAAAUGAGUUUCUUCUCGCAGGACGUUCAGAUAUUGAAGUUUGCAAUAAACUGCAUAUUGUUUGAAUUA